UAAGUUUAAUGUGUAAAGCCUGAAGUCACACAUCACAAAUUUGCCUCAAAGGGCUUUACAAUUAUAACAUACCCAGGUAUCUAAGAUUUCUACCACAAUGUGUAAUGGUUGUAAGAUUUAGAUGAAAAGGUGAGAAAUCAACAAGGUACAUUCAGGCAGCGAGGAAUUACCACCGUCUGAGAUGAUGGUGAUGAUUGAUUGAACUUUGGCUCACCGUGUGACCAUGGCAACAACAGAAACCACACCGGGGAAAACACGUAAGAGCUAAUUUUACUGUUAUCUGAGUUUGCUGACUUAUGCACCACUUCACCAGUAUUCGACAAACAGAUCAAUCAGCAAAAACUGUUUUGGAGCAACAUGGCCACAGGUUCAAAGUCUGAUCAUCUGGUCCGUGCCAGUAAACAAUGUUAAUGAAGACAGUUAGCUAAACCUGCUGAAUAUAUUUGUGUCAUGUUGCUAACCAUACUAUAGCUACGACAAUGUUAUGAAAUGAAAACGGUUGAUAGCAGCAACCUGUAGCAUAUGGCACAGGUUGUUUAGAACAGUCAAGUUAGCCGGUAGGUGUCGGUGCAGAGUUGCAUCCCGCUGCCACCCAAUCAAAACACACGAGACAGACAACAGAUUCAGAGGUAAACACCUGCUCGAAACACCUUAAAUGUCACCUCUUCAUGGCAAAACACACCAGCUUACUGCACAAAGGCUAAAUAAGCAACAGAGGACAGGAGUAAUGUGGGUAAUGAUGUUGCUUACAUUGAUUUUGUGUGUUGGACAUUUCCUCUUUGUCCAAACUGCAGUGAACACCUGCUGGUCUUGACCUUAACACCUCUUAACAAUAACUGAACUACAACCAUGGCACUGAGUGUCAGGGACCGUACCUGACGGACUGGGUACCAACAGCUGACAUCAAAUGUCUGGAGGAGGCGCAGUGCGUCCGCCAGGAGCCAUGUGCCUCCCUCACACCAACAACAUGGACAGCAAGCUACAGGGGCCGGGGCAGGGGGGAGGGGCUUCACUUCGACCACGAGGAGGAGGCGUUCCACUGGAGCCCUUUGUACACCAGGUGGGGGGUCACACCAGUAUGAUGCGUUACGAUGACCACACAGUGUGUAAGCCUCUGAUCAGCAGAGAGCAGCGCUUCUACGAGUCUCUGCCUCCAGAGAUGAAGGAGUUCACUCCGGAGUAUAAAGGUGUGGUGCUGGUUUGUUUCGAAGGUGACUCUGACGGCUACAUCAACCUGGUGGCCUACCCCUACGGCGAGAGCAACAUGGAGGGAGGGACCACAGAGCACGAGGAGCGGGACCCCCCCGAGAGGGAGCAGCCGAGGAGGAAACACUCCCGCCGCAGCCUCCAUCGCUCCUCCUCCUCCUCUGAUCACAAGGAGGAGCGCCCGGACAGGAGGGAGCCGCACGACACCGACACCUCUGAUAAUCUUGCAGAGCUGAAGAGUCCCAGGCUGGACCCAAAGAUCCACUCAGACGUUCCCUUCCAGAUGUUGGACUGGAACAGUGGUUUGACCUCAGAGAAGAUCAGCCAUAACCCCUGGAGCCUCCGCUGUCACAAACAGCAGCUCAGCCGCAUGAGAUCCGAGUCCAAGGACCGCAAACUCUUCAAGUUCCUGUUGUUGGAGAACGUGGUUCACCACUUCUCCUACCCCUGCAUCCUGGACCUGAAGAUGGGCACCAGGCAGCACGGAGACGACGCCUCCGAGGAGAAGGCGGCCAGGCAGAUGAAGAAAUGUGAACAGAGCACUUCAGCGACGCUGGGAGUCAGAGUGUGUGGCAUGCAGGUGUACCAGCUGAACACCGGCCACUACCUCUGCCGGAACAAGUACUACGGCCGCGGCCUGUCGAUCGAAGGCUUCCGCCAGGCCCUCUACCAGUACAUGCACAACGGAAAGGGCCUGAGGCAGGACCUCUUUGAGCCAAUCCUGAAUAAGCUUCGCGGCCUGAAGGCAGUGCUGGAGAGGCAGGCGUCCUAUCGCUUCUACUCGUCUUCACUGCUCAUCAUCUAUGAGGGAAAGGAACCCGAGGGCCCGUCGGUCCUCAGCUCCGGGCAGCAUGCAGCCUGGCAACAGAAGACUCCUGCGGCCCCUGCGGAUCCCCACUGUGGCCCUGGGCCCCACGCCCCUCCAGCCCCCGACACUCCUUGUGAAACGGACAUGAGCCAGAACCCAGAUCCGGGAUCAAUGUCCUCUCAGGGACCUGGACUGAUGGCUCCACCCUCCCCCUCCCCUCAUCCUCCCCCACAGGCCCCACCCACCAAGUCAGACUGCCACCCCUUCCUCCCCCCUCCCCCCUCGCCUCAUCCCCAUCCAGACGCCUCCUCCCCCUCUGUUCCCAGUAUAAUUUCCUUCCCCCCUCCUCCUGCCCCCCCACCCAGUCGGCCCCCCCCGGUGGACGUUCGUAUGAUCGACUUCGCCCACUCCACCUUUAAGGGUUUCCGCGGCGACACGGCGGUGCACGACGGGCCGGACCGGGGCUACGUGUUCGGACUGGAGAGCCUGGUCCAGAUCCUGGAGAGCCUGCGGGACGACAACCUGCCAUAGCUCCAAAUACACAUGUGCACACACGCACGCACACACACACACACACACACACACACACACACACACACAAAAGCAACACAGCUUGUUGUGAGUUAGCUUAGGUCGUGCUGCUGAGACUCCUCGGCUGUAAAUAUGGAUCAGGGUUUUCCAAGAUGUCACCAUGGAAACAUGGGCAUUCUACAGUCGAGUAGUUACUAUAGCAACAGGCAGGAGGUGGGACAGCGGACGUGAAAUGGAAAAAAAGGCUGCACAACACACACAUUGGUUGUACGUCUAUACUUGUGAGGACCCUCUUUGGCAUAAUGCAGUCCGUGGCCCCUAACCUUAACCAUCACAACUAAAAGCAUAAUCCCAGGUCUCACCUUAAACUGAACCUAAACUGAAUUCUGACCUUGAAGUCCCUCUCCGCUCAGAAAUGUAUCUUAAGCCCCAUUCGGACAGGAUUCACAUUACAGGACGAGGCUGGGAAUAAAACGUUCACUGCGCUACUCUGUAAUUUAAAUCAUCAUUGUGGACGUCCUUCUAACCAUAGCAAAAUUACAGGAUAUAGCUUGUAAUAGAUGGGGACAUUGUGCAGGACUAGCCUAAAGAAAAAUACCAGUACCUACCUGGAGCUUACAUUACAAGAGUCUAUUUGAUGAGCUUUUAGAGGUCUUACUCUCCAGGAGCUGUUUGCACCAGCUGUGAUUAAGUUCAGACUUAGCCUAGCUCUAACUCAGGUGUUUUACACGUGACUAAUUUAAAACAGGUUGCUCCACACAAACUACUUCUUAGGAAGAGAUUAGUUGUUGCUAAAUAUUUACUCUCAGUAACUGUGAUCAAUGCUGCUAAAUAAUGAUGAAGAUUUUAAAUCACAUUUCACAAAGCAUGAAUUGCAACAUACUACAGUUUCCUUUUGGGAUUAAUAAAGUACUCUACCUCAAAUUAUGAAACAUUUGAUUAAAUGAGUAAAUAACAUCAGUUACUGUAGGUUAGCAUAAACAGAUAUUAAUGAUAGAUAUAUGAAUACUUCCAACUCUUACAAACGCCUUUCUCCAUGUAUGCAGACAGAAAUAAAACAAAGUAAUACCUAGAUUUACUAAAUUCAUUUUUGGAAGUUGUCUUAGGUUGUGAUGCUACAGUGAGUUCCUGUUUAAAUAGUUCAUUGCUCUGGUUUGGACAGCGUCGCGGACGUUUCCUGAUGAAUCGAUUUGCAUAUCACUCAAACUUUACUCGCUUAGACAUUUCUUUGGUUUUAAUAGUGCCACCCGAUUGAUUGAAUCACUAGUUUGAAAGUAGCUAGUAGUUAUGAAGAAGGAGUUUUCAACCUUAGUAAUGGAUUUAUGCAUAGCUGGUGCAAAUCAGUCCCGAUGGUUUUAAUGGUUUUUCCCAUUGUCGUAUUGGUUCCCAAAUACUCCUGUUUGUUCCUCAUUUAAUCAAAUUUGCAAAAACAUUUCUGACAAACGGCACGUUCACACAAAAGUCUAUAAAUAGAUAAAGUAGAUGGACAAGCAGCUUUUCAUUUUGAAAAAAAAAAAAAAAAAAAAAUCAGAGAUUCAUGUUAAAAUACAAGGACGUUGCUCCGGACAGGAUUUAAAUUACAUCAGGACCAGUGAGUUUGCAGAAAUUGUGACUGUAAUUAUUACUGGGGUGGGGGUGAAAACAUUACCCACAUAAGACUCCGGACGGGAUUAAAAUCACUGUUGGUUACAGGUGAUGUUAAAAUCCGCCCUUCUUUCCUAGACAAAUACAUCCAGUCCCAAUAGGGAUUUACUUACUGUUACUGUUUCUUCACUUGAAUGUUUUUGCAAAAUUAUGUAAAUGGGCAGAGUCUGACACUACAAGGCUGUUUUCACCUUCAUCUGCUGAAGGAGGAAAGUUUCUCUGUGUGAAAGUUUCCUUCAAUCUGAGUUUAGCGUGUGUACGUAGGAGCCUCAUGUUGUAACAUCGCAACUAGUUUGAAAGUCAAUCGUGGUCCAAUAUGUAACUCAAACUAGUUUGAUGUGGAAACGUGAGGGAGAAUGUCAUUUUAAGAAUUUCAAAACUUUUUUUCGUAGAAAAGUCAUACCAGACACAAGUUACUAUUCAAAGCAGUUUUGUUAUGUGUCUUAAAACUUUCCCUCUUCAGCAGAUGAAUGUGAAAACAGUCAUCUGGUGUUAAACUCUGCACAUUGAAGGUCAAACAUCCAUGUUAAGUAACAAAAAGCAAAACACACUUAUGAGUGAGAGGGACUUUUAUCAUAAAACCAAAUCAAACCCUGAAGGAUGUGAGGACCAGCAAAAAUGUCCUCACUCCCGAGGAAUGAAAGAUUGGUCCUCACAAUGAUAGAGGCACAAGAGCAGACACACACAGUCACGCGCGCACACACACACACACACACACACGCAUAUCCUGAGAACAGUUGUCUGCGGAGCUGUUUCCUUGGAACAGAGUGUCCUCUCUGAACGACCAAUCAGCUGAAUCCCAGGGACCACCCACUGAACUUGGCCCACACUCACUUUACUCACCACCUUGACUCCCCACACACACACACACACACGCACACACACACACCCCACCCCUCCUCACUCCUCUUUCUCUACAGAAACCAAACCUGGACAGGUGAACAGACUGUUUUAGCGAAACCUCGGAAACGCACUCAAAAACACAUCCAAGCAUCUGUUGGAGCAAUAGAUGGCGACGAUAGACGGCAACUUUUUUCCUUCGGCAGUGCAGAGGGCAGCGUCGCCCGCGGGGAGAGUGGCGACAAAAUGCGACAGAAAUUAGCGUCACAGAAAUAGGCUUUAAGGAGAGAAUAGAGAUACUUUUUAAACUGCUGUGUGUCCGUUUGUGGGUCUUAAUUCAGAAAUGUUAGUCAGUGUACAGUAAAGAUCCACUUCUGAGUUAUUGUAUAAUAUCAGAAGCUUAAGUGUCAGUUUCCCAAAUCUGGUCUGGUGAUAUUCUGUAUUUUUCAUCUUGUCAACAAAUCCCAUGAAUAAACCUAAACCAAAAAAUGAAUCCAUCCUACCAGCAGGUAUUGUCUCUGUAUAAAAGCCUGAUAUGUCUAAUUCCUUUGGGCCGUAGAGCUCCAUUGCUGUUAAAACACAUCAGUGAGCCGCACUUUUGCACUGGGUGACUUGUUCCCUCAUUACCAUGAACACACACACACUGUUGUUUGUUUUGACUCAAUCCCACACACACACACACCGUCCUGCUGCUGUAAAUACUCACUAGCGCAACAAAUGUGUAUUAUUUUGCUGAAAAUAGAACACGCGCCAUUCCCCCGUGUUUGAGUUACGUUUGCUAAAAACUACAGUCACCAUCUGCUUUGGGAAAUUUCUUCAUCUUAUGAUACCUGACAGUAGAGAGACAUUCGGAAACCAGGUCCACCGGCUGGACUCUGUCCCCGUGGUCGGCGCUUUUAAACCCCCGAGCUCCCCUCAAAGUUCAUGCUUGACCUUGGAAACAGCUGGAAACGGCUGGAAACAGCGGUCUGUCAGCAGUCAACAACAAUCUUCUCACAACCUCCAUUUAGUAGCCGCUCGGGAGCUUUCAGGCUGCCUCAGCUGGUUGAGUUGCUCAGUUGUCAUGGGACCGCAUAUCUUCAAAUUUCAAAGUUUUUUUUUUUUUAGUUUUUAAAGGCUUUGAAGACUUUUAAAAGUCAGCGGCUAAUAUGACGUUGUGUUGAUAUCGUUUCCAUCAAACUGUGAUGUCAAAAACGAACUUUCGGUCUCAGAUUUUAAGGUCACAUGUGCGGGGGGGGAGUCCUGAGAAUGCCCUGAAAAAUGGAAAUCCUGGAUCAUGUGAUACAAUCAGAAGAUCCAGAGACAGCUACUUUGUGGACUAUAUAUUUGUGAGAUAAAAACGGGCUCACACAGGGCAGAGAGGUCAGAAAAGUUUCAAGAGAUGAUCUAACACAUUGGUGGCUUUGGUCUUCAUGGGAUUUGUUGACAGUGAGAGAAGUAUAGAGCAGUACCAGCCUUAUUCUUUACAUGAGGGCUGGAUGAUACCGUUGGAUAACAGGAAUAUUUAAAUGAGAAUAUAUUUCUGCCAAACUGUAUGUCAAAUACAUACAAAUGUGAGUAGAGUCAGAUCAUGGCAAAUGUGUCGAUAGUCACACAAAAUAAUCAGAUUUAUUAUCCCUACAAUGAACUAUGUUCCACUGUUAAUCUUCAAUUUAGCGGAAAAAAAAAUUCACUUCCACUAAUUUUGCCAGGGUUUUUUAAUUAUAAUUUGCUUGGAAUCACCCAUGUGAAAAACAGCAGCUAAAUUAUUUGACAAAUUUGGGAAAAUAAAGUCACCCAGCCCUGCUUCAAGUGUGUCAAGACGUUAAAAAAACAAAACAAAAAAAACCCAAAACAAAUCAUCAUCCUGUCAGUGUCAGCAGAACUGGCCCCGGUGCCUCUGCUGCGGAUGUUGCCACCCGAAUCAAGACGGUGUCGGCCAAUCACACUUCGACAAGUUCCCGAGGCCGGGCGUGACGCUGCACCGCCCCCUGCUGGGCAACAACGGGCACUCAACCCCCCGGCACCUGGAAAAACAAGAGAGCAAUUAUAAAAUGUUUUAUUUUCGGUUUAUCGAGGUGAUAAUUUAUUUUUUUAUUGUACCGUUUACCCAUGUGUGUGGGUAAAUGUCUUGUCUUUUACAUGUCUCUCCCCCUGCUAAAUGUAUAAAAUGUAAAGAAAUUAAGCGCAUCAGAGAGACAGUGUGUGAAAACGCCAGGAGUGUGAGAGGUGUUCUAUAGUAUAGGAGCCGACUCAAGUCUGUUUUAUUUGCUGCUGAGAGACAAAACCAGAUUUUGUUUCGUGAGCAAACAAAGGCCGCAAAUCCAGACUCGAGUCUGCUCGCGGAGCCCAGCACCUCUGCCUGCUGUGGAGCUGUUGCUCUGGUGGGAAGCUCUUCUCCGUGUGUGUGUGUGCGUGUGUGUUAGAGCAGAUGUAGACGCCAUCUUUAGUCUUUGGUUUGUUUCACUUCACAUUUAAGGAGUCGGUAAAGAUCUGCAUGCACGUUAACGUCCUCCUGUUUGAGUCAAGUUUUCUGCACAGCGUCAAACAUCCUUGUCACAGUCCUCACAGAGUGGAAAGCCGCGACGGUCCACGUGCCCUCUCAGCUCGUGAUGUUUGUUCGUGAUUAUUAGCCUUCAAUGAUUGAUCAGAGUUAUUUAGCAGCGUUUUCUGCAUCUGACAUCAUCCUGACUGUUUGUUAGAACAGUGGAAAUUAAGUGAGAUUAAAUCUUUCCAGAAGCUUUU